AUGGACAGCGCCAGUUUCCUGGAGUUCUACGAGCACACGUUGCUGGCCUUCAAGGACCUCGCACCACACCAGAAAAAGCAUCUUCAGGACAUCCAACGGUUUGAUGAGGUGCACUUGUCGGCCCCGGCGGGGGCCGGCAAGACUUUUGUGGCAGUGCAGCGUGUCAUCGACGCUCUCACGGAAGAGACAGAAAAGGCUCCUGCCCAUGUACUCUAUGUGGCUCCUACUGUUGAGCUCACCUACUAUUUCAUACAAUGGAUGAUUGUACGACUGGCGUCGCAAGCGGAGUCCCGGCUUGUGAGCGAGAUCAAUGAGCUUCUACAGCGCAUGGUGGUCCUGCACAGCCCUUACCAAGCACUGCUUUCGCCUAGACUGGACGAGAAGGAUCGGCGCAUCACCCUGGAAGUUGCGGGCAGCAUCGACACGUUUGGGCUCACAGUCAUGGACGAGAGCCACAACCUGUACGCAGAGGGUGUGGACCAGGGCAUUCUGGCAGAUCUCAAGAGCCGCAGGAGGCUGCUUCUCUCGGACGAAUCGCAGGCUGCAACCGUGAGCACCAGAUUCCCCGAGAUGCACCGAGCCAACCUAAGAGAGGUCGUCCGAAGCACGAGGCAGAUCGUGCUGGGCGCAAGAUCCUUUCGAUCUGACACUGGGGCGGUCACAUCCACCGGCACAGACGGGCCGCCCUUGAAGUCCUAUCUCUUCGAUGCUUCGGACGCCAAAGGUGAGUUUGAGCUUUAUGCACAGCACGUCGCGGAUGCCAUGGGCACGUUGCAGAUGCAUAUCCCAACAUCAGUCUCCACCAACGACUCGCGCUAG